CUAGGAACUCUGGUCGGAAGAGCCGGGUGCGAGGCCUCUGCACGGUGACCCGCUGUGAGCAAGUGAAACCGGACUAAGCACAAGGAAAAAAAAAAGCUGCAAAACUGGGUCCCAUUGUGUUCUUCAUCUACGGAUACAUUCAAGCAGAGUUUGGAUGAUGAUUUGGCUGAGACAUUCAAGGAGAACUUUAAGUUCAAGUGGAUCAGUGAAGAAUUUCUUUUCACAUUCUACCCCCUCAGAGGCUGCUGAGCCGAGGAGAGUUAAGCCCUGUGUCUCCAAUAUGGAAGUGGAGAACCAGACACGGGUCACCAGGUUCAUUCUGGUGGCGUUUCCUGGGAACUGGGGUGUGCGUGCAACAGUGUUCCUCAUGUUCCUCGUGGCCUGUAUUCUGACAGUGGCUGAAAAGGUGAUCAUCAUCCUGUUGGUGCAGCAGAACCGGCCGCUGCACAAGCCCAUGUACUUCUUCCUGGCCAAGCUGUCCUUCUCGGAGACCUGGUACCUCUCUGUCACUGUACCCACGGUGCUGUUUAGUUUUUGGUCCGUGAGCAGCAGCAUCUCCUUCACGCACUGUAUGAUACAACUUUACUUCUUCAUUGCACUCAUGUGCACAGAAUGUGUGCUCCUGGCUGCCGUGGCCUACGGCCGUUAUGUGGCCAUCUGCCGCCCACUGUGCUACCCCAUCAUUAUGAGCCAUGGGCUCUGCUUCCUCCUGCCUCUUGGUUGGACCAAUGGCUUUGGCAUCUCCUUGGCUAAGAUCUACUUCAUCUCUUGCCUCAGCUUCUGUGGCCCCAAUGUCAUCAAUCAUUUCUUCUGUGAUAUCUCUCCAGUACUUAACCUCUCCUGCACAGACAUGUCCACAGCUGAAUCGGUGGACUUUGUCCUGGCACUGGCCAUCUUCCUCUUGCCCCUCUCUCUCACUGUCCUGUCCUAUGGGUGCAUUCUGGCCACCAUCCUACGCAUGCCCACAGGAAAGCAGAAGGCGUUUUCUACUUGUGCCUCCCACCUCGUGGUGGUCACCAUCUUCUGUUCAGCUACUAUUUUCAUGUAUGUCUGGUCCCGAGCCAUUCAUGCCUUCAACAUGAACAAAGUUAUUUCCAUCUUCUAUGCCACUGUUACCCCUGCGCUUAACCCUUUCAUUUAUUGUCUAAGGAACCGAGAGGUCAGAGAGGCUCUGAAGAAACUGGCUUAUUGCCAGGCCAUCCGAUCUGGCUAG